AUGGCUUCACAAGCCCGCCCCGCGCCUCAACGGCAACCAUACGAACGACGAACCGAGGCUGAGAGAGACGACUGGGAAGACUGGGAAGAUGACGAUAUUGUCACGCCGAUCAUGGACGAUGAAGAAGACCUCAUUGCGAACAAGUCGGCAGCCCCCAGCCCACUCCGACCAAGCAAAGCACAUUCUGCAAGAUACUCGCAGCCCAGGCAGUCUGUGCAAAAGCUGCGGCGGCUCAAAUCCCGGCACAGGCAGAAAGCUCAGAAUGCGAAGGCUGGGAUCAAGCUGGUGACCGAUAUGACAGCGCUGCGACAGCAACAAGCUGCUCAGAACGGCAGUCCCCAGAUGCGACAUCCCAAGUUUGUCGAUGCAGCGGCGCUGAGGGCUCUUGAAGGAGAGCCCAACUCGGCAUCAGUCGGAAACUGGAACUGGUUGAAGAAGAAACCGUGGGAUACCAGCUCGCCAUCCUCAAGCACCAAGUCACCGCACAGCGCGUCUCGCAGCCCUGGUCAGCAACAAGACCUCUCACCAAACGACCGCCCAAUCAUGAUCGGAAUCAAACUGCCCGAAGGCACGGAAAUCCCACAAACAGCUAUUCUCGAGACGGCGCCCCAAGACUUUCCGCCCAAGUAUGAAAGACAACCUACAACUAGCCCAAACACUGUCACUCCCUUGACUCCUUCACAGCAAAGAUCGGUUUGGAGUCCCGACACACCAGAUUCGACUGUGUCGUUCAAGGCGCCGCGAGCGACUUCUAGCCUCUACUCGCAGGCGACUGGUUUGGGCGUCGGGAUUCCUCAUGACGCGCCUCCAGUCCCGUCCGUGCCCUCAACUUAUAAGCAGCAAGAAAGGGUGGUCAGUAUUGUUCUCAAAGACAAUGAGGAUGACGACGAAGACGGCGGAAGCCCCUGCACCUUGUUCGAGGAAGACGGCGUGACCGCCAAUCGCCGGAAGUCGGUCAAGGCCAAGGAGGUCUCAAAGAGUCCCGGAAGCGCUGAAACCCAGACUCGUGGUUGGUGGGAUCAUGUUACGACCCCAUUCAUGGACAGGAAGAGCCCCAUCGCUACAUUCAAGAGUGAAUCACAGCCAGUCAAGCAAACACAGCACGACGACUGGUGGAGUGAAAAGGUGCCAGAGGUUGCGACACCCAAACCUACAUCAACAGAGCCCACCUCCAUCGUCAAGACAGUCGAGAUUCAACAAACCUGGCUUGCCUGCAUCGCCAAAGCCGUCGCCAAGGAAUAUUCAGGCGCCGAUCGUCAGAGUUCCUACCCCCAGGAGAACACCAUCACCGCUCAUGGACCGUCGCGAACCGUCGCCGGCAUCGUCUUCCCGUUCAAUCACCCCGAGACCUGA